AUGUUGACAAGAAACAUCAAUGCUGAACAAGGAUUGGUUAAUGGUGCUAUGGGUAUUGUGACUGAAAUUAUUUUUCAAGGUGGUAUUCCUUCAGUUGUGUUUGUCAAAUUUGAUGACCCAAAGUCGGACGAAAGUGUGUCAAAGCGUUUAAAAGUCAUAAAGAAAUCAGACGAGUUGCUUCAUUGCAACAAUUCAAAGACAAACAAAGAAAUGAAAUAUUUUAAUUUUGUUGGCGCUGAAGGUGAUAAUGCUAUGAUUGUCAGAUGCUACAUUACAUCUAAGUUCAACACCAUUGAACCUGGAUUGAGCUUCAGAUUUCAAAAUUUGACAACUCGAGGAAAGAAUGAGUUUUGGGCAACCAGCAAAACAAUCAUAUCAUACACGUCUACAGUUGAUGUAAGCCCAGACAUUGCUCUUCCAUGCUUGCCAGAAAAAAUGCCACCAGAUGGACUUAACCAUUCUUUACAAGAGGCAUUAAAUUCCCCAGAAAAAUCUAGCAUUAUGGGAAAAAUUGUUAAGGUUUCUCCAAUUAAGUAUGUAAGAGACGGCAAUCUUGCAGUGAAGUCAAUACUCUUGAAGGACAACAGCACAGUUGCCAAAGUUUGUCUUUUUGACAAACUUGCAGAAAAUGAGUAUGCCGAAGGAAACAAUUUGCAAAUUACAGCAGUGUAUCCAAAGAAGUACUUGGGUGUUGAUCAGUUGACUGCAACUGCAGUAUCAAAAUGUCAGUUUUUAUCUGACCAGAAUUUCCCCGAAAUGGUUGAUGAAGAUUUACAGAUAUUUCAAAAUGACGAAGACUUCUUCAAUUCUGUUAGUGAUUUGCAAGCAUCAAUUGUUACUCUUACAGACAUCCUUGAUAUUGACAUCUACGAUGUCUGCGCUAAAGAUGCCUGUAGAGAGAAAAAAAUGCUGAAAAACAAAUGUCCUAUCUGUAAUGGAAAGGAUAAAAAGAAUGAAAGAAACAUCAGAGUAACCUUCUUGUAUUCCACAGAAUCAAAGCAAGAUGAGAGGUCAACUGUCUUUAAAAACACUCUGCGAGAAAUCAUGAAAGACAAUUUUAACAUCGAGUCAAAAUCUGCAUGUUUGAGCGCUCUUCUCGAAAAGUUGCCCAUAAAAUUUAAAUGUUACAUUACAGCGAAAAACUCAUUCUACAACAUCUCACAGUUGUAGAUAGCAAUGUUAGUUUUUUUCUGAAAGGUUACAUUACAGCAAAAAAAUCUCACAGUUGUAGAGAGCAAUGUUAGUUUUUUCUGAAUUUUUUUUAUUUUAGUUUUUUUUCAUAUAGCUGAUUUUUUUUUGGUAGAUUUUUUGUUUUAGCUUUUUUGUUUAAAAGUUUCACUAGCUAUAAAAGUAUAUGUUCACAUGUCAAUUGAUGCAAGAUGAAAGAGG